GCGAGCGUGUCAUGUGAGCCGUGGAGGAGGAGUCACGUGAGCCAAGAAGGCGUCACGAGGCUGAAAGUAGGGCAAGGGAAGCCGCAGGGAAGGAAGGGAGAGGCGAGCAGGCCGCCAGUCUCCAAGAUGGCGGUCUGUAUUGCUGUGAUCGCCAAGGAGAACUACCCUCUGUACAUCAAGAGCAUCCCGACAGAAAAUGAGCUGAAGUUCCACUACACGGUGCACACAUCCCUUGAUGUUGUGGAUGAGAAGAUCUCCGCUAUGGGGAAGGCUCUUGUGGACCAGAGAGAGCUCUACCUGGGGCUGCUGUACCCAACUGAAGACUACAAAGUAUAUGGCUAUGUGACCAAUUCCAAGGUGAAGUUUGUGAUGGUGGUGGAUUCAUCAAACACAGCACUCCGAGACAACGAAAUCCGAAGUAUGUUUAGGAAGCUGCAUAAUUCUUACACAGAUGUCAUGUGCAACCCUUUUUACAACCCAGGGGACCAAAUCCAAUCCAGGGCCUUUGACAACAUGGUGACAUCCAUGAUGGUGCAGGUUUGUUGAAGUUCCUGCAUGUUGUUCCAGCUUCUUUACCUGAGAAGAUUUGCUACUGUACAGAACUCUGUGUAUAUUCUGCCCUCAAGUUAUGCUCUGUAAAAUAAACUCUUAAGAAGUCUUAA